CGGGCGCACGCUGGACGGAGAUCGCGGGGACGCGCCGCUGCACUACGCAGUGCGGUUGCGCGCAUUACAUGUCGGUUUCAGGGAGGACCCAGGUACAUUAUUGACGCAUUUGCAGAGUGUAUGCAAAAUAUAUUAAUCUUCGAGAGCGUGCGGCAAACGCGAGGGCAGAGGAUGGGAAGGAGCGUGCGCGUUGUCCCCGUCGAGCUCAGACUUUUGCUCCUCAGCGUCUCGUUGGAGAGGGAGUAGCUUCAGCUAGCAGAGGAGCUAAGUGUUCACUGUGGCCCGCAGCGUCCCGGCCAGCACCGCAGGGAGGCAAAAUGGUGUACUUGUUAAAUCCUAUAGAGAACCUAAGGGGCUACAUCAACAACCGUCCACCUCUGGUCAUUUUCAUGAUCAGUGUCAGUGCAGUGGCCAUCGCCUUCCUGACCAUCGGUUAUUUCUUUAAGAUUAAGGAGAUCAAGUCUCCAGAGUUGACAGAGGACUGGAACACCUUUCUGUUGCGUUUCAACGAGCUGGACUUUUGCGUGUCAGAGAAUGAGACGAUAAAGCACGGCCUGAAUGAGUCGACGACGCCAGAGAGCAUGGUUGUGACGAGCGGUCAGGCCCGUUCCAGCACCCAGGCUCCCCUGCUGCUGGACGACUCGGGGCCUAUCAACAUUUCAGUCCCCAUCACCCUCACGCUGGACCCCCAGCGCCCGUUCGGAGGGUAUUCUCGCAAUAUCACCCAUCUGUACUCCACGGUGCUGGGGCAGCAGGUUGGCCUAUCCGGCCGGGAAGCCCAUGAAGAAAUAAACAUCACGUUCACUCUGCCCGUAUCCUGGAACUCAGACGAGUGUGUCCUGCAUGGCCACUGUGAGCAGGUGGUGUUCAGCACGUGCAUGACCAUCACAGCAGCCAGCAAUAUCUUCCCAGUCACAGUGCAGCCGCCACACUGCGUGCCGGAGACCUACACCAACGCCACAUCCUGGUACAAGGUGUUCACCACUGUCCGUGACUCGGACACCAAGUACAGUCAGGACUACAACCCCUUCUGGUGUUACAAAGGAGCAAUUGGCAAAGUGUACCACGCCCUCAACCCUAAGCUUACCGUCAUUGUUCCAGAUGAUGAUCGCUCUCUCAUCAACCUCCACCUGAUGCACACGAGCUAUUUCCUGUUUGUCAUGGUCAUCACUAUGUUCUGCUAUGCAGUCAUAAAAGGGCGGCCUGGCAAAGUGCGACAAAGCAAUCCCGACUACUGUCCUGAGAAGGUACAACAGACAUCAGCAGUGCUAUUUGACCUCAACAGGUGGCAUUGUCAGAGGAUUAAAAAGACGGAGAGCGCCGGCAGGAGUUACCUGUAACAAGGACGAACUGGAGAAAUGGAAGAUUUAAAAAAGAAAAAUAAAUGUACAUCCCAGUUGCCUCGGGAACCCCGGAAAUACAAUAAGGGACACAUAAGCUCUGUGAAUGCAUUACUCUCGCAAUGUUGGGUUUCUCCAACCAAAGAUAUACAAGUGCCUGUAUCUGUGGUGUAAAUAUUUGUAGGAACUCUGAUAUUCUGUGCAAAACCUCUUUCUUUCUGAGUUAUUAUUUCUGCCCGAGUCCCUAUGUGCCAUGCUAGAACAUGCAGUAUGUAAACAAAGCAGAAGUCCACAUUCACAAGUUCCACACUGAUGUCUCUUUUUAUUUUUUAUUUUUU